GUGGACUGCUCAUUCAAAUCACACAUGCCAGGCAAUCUCCUACGACGAAUCUUCCACUUGUUUCCCCUUUAUUUCCUGCCUUGUCCUGUGGACUCUUUUACUUCGUGUUAUCCUCGUGUUUUCAGCGAGGCGGUCUAUGUGAAUCACAAGACCCACAACUCUUAAGCGUAGCCAAAGCGUUUUUUAACACAUACUUAAUAUCUAAAUCCUCUCCCAUGACCAUCCGUUUGUUGGAACCACCAUCUCCUUCUCAAUCUCUCUCGACGAUUUCAAGAUCGCCUAGCUCGCUCGCAACGACUUCCUCGGGAAAUUGUAACUUGACCACACCUUCGAAACGUGUCCCAUCCUCUCGAACACACUCACCACGAGGUCGCAUUUGCACGCCGAAUAAACUAACUCCCUCUUCCAACUCACAUCCUACUCUUGCAAUGUCUAUAGUUGCUCCUAAUCCUCGCACCCCUCAGCAACAGAGCAGUCCCUCACGCAUUCAGCGACCUCACUCACCUCCCCCACGACCGUCAUCACGGUCAGAGCGUCUACUGCGAGAUACUCUCAGGAAAGACAAUACCCUUCGUACAACCGUCACCUCCCGCGCUCGUUCGCGCUCGCGGUCAUCCUGCAGUGACUGUGAUGACGACGACUUCUUCCAACCCGUCCUGGUCUUCGAAUCGUCGCGCAGGAAUAGUGCUACCUCCACUCGGAAUUUCAAGUCAAAAAGUUUCUACGUUCCGAACGAGAAUGAGGACUCGUCAUAUGCUCAGCUACUCAGAUCAAGCUCAGACUUGGAUGCUAAGGGCUACCCUAUUGCUCCCGUCCGGCAAGAGAAACUGGAUGAAUGUCUUGCGACAUCAUUACCACGCUCCUAUGUUCUCGGCAGUGAUGCAGCGCCUCAUGAGGCUGUCCUGAGGUCACGUUUGGAAUGCGUGCUACAUCGUGGAAUGCGUGAAGAGGAAAGGCGAAUAAAGAGGUCGCCGGAAGAGGAGUCCUCAUCAGCGUCUCCUCCUUCAUCAGCGCGCUCGCUUUCUAAUUCAUGCGCAAAUUCUCAAACAUUUGAGAAACCCUGUGUGACUGCACAUGAUGUGGAUCCCUUGAUACUACCAUCUAUAUCGUCAAAACACGGCCGAGGGAAUAGAUUUUCGCGGUCGACGUCUGUAGCUUACUCGCAAAAAUCGCCACGAUCACCACAAUCGCAGGGAGAGACUUCGCCGUGGAUGACGACACCUCUCCCACCUUCGCCAUUCUCGACCCCAACAAAGAAGCUGCCUUCUUUAUCAUAUGCCACGCCCUCACCGCACUCACCCAACCCGGCGAUUCUCUCGAGUUUUUCGAGCGCCAAUUCCCAAAUACCAGUGAAUCCUCCGCAGUUUGAUCUGCGCGCGGCAUCACAAGCUUGUAAGCAGGUAUCGGGAUACGUGAGUUUUGCGAGUGUCGCUGGCCUGGGCGCACCGCCUGGUGUGGGCGAUGACGACGUGAGCGUAAAGGAACCACAGCGUGGCCGUGGACGCGGGCGAUGGUGGGUUUUCUAGGUUACAUAUUUUGGGAUGGAUUUUUGGGUUUCCGGAAAGAGGACGUCGCGAUCUUACUGGACGACAUCCUGAAUGCGAGGAACAAGCUUAUGUUAUGCUAAUUUAAUCCCUUGCUGAUGAUUUCUGGAGGCUUAUGCCUAGUAUGCCCGCGUAUGCAUGGACGGGUGUCUGCUACGUUUAUGGUGUAGCAUUCUUUGUACUCUUUUGUGUAUGAUGCUAUAAUUCAUCUCAGAUACAAAAUGUGUCGAUUGAGCGCUGUGUAGUUGACAUAGACAACUAGGGUACCCAGAUUUAUAAUGCAUCAACUAGAGGAGAGCAACCAA